CAAAUAUCUCAACCAGACAAGUCACCAGCGAGUCCAACGGCCGGAGAAAGGCUCCCCCAUUACGACAUGGAGCUCCACACGUCCCCCAUGACAACCAAACCUCCUGUCACCCCCUCACUGGCAGAGCUACCGAUUCGUGUCAACAACGCCACUCGUGAUGAUUCUCCUACCGGUGAUCGUAAUUGUCAGAUUCUUGAGAUUAAGGGCGCCAGUAGCUAUGUUCCAACGAAUUUUCCGUUUGUUCUUGCGUUUAAUGAUUUGAAUUACUGUGUUAAAGUUCGCCGGUUGUUUGAAAUUCCAUGUGGUGGUAAUGGUGAUGAUCUUAUUAGUGAUAUUAACACAAGGAUCUUGUUGAAUGAUAUUUCGGGUGAAGCGAGAGAAGGUGAAAUCAUGGCAGUUUUGGGGCGGAGUGGGUCGGGUAAAUCAACGUUGAUUGAUGCUCUGGCGAACCGGAUUUCGAAGGAGAGCUUAAAGGGGACUCUGACUCUGAACGGUGAGGUUCUGGAAUCACGACUUUUGAAGGCGAUUUCCGCUUAUGUAAUGCAGGAUGAUCUUCUGUUUCCAAUGCUGACUGUGGAGGAGACGCUGAUGUACUCGGCGGAGUUCCGGCUCCCACGUUCACUCUCCAAGAGGAAGAAGAAAGCCAGAGUCCAAGCUCUCAUCGAUCAAUUGGGAUUGCGGAGUGCGGCAAAGACUGUGAUCGGAGAUGAAGGGCACAGAGGCGUCUCGGGAGGCGAGCGGCGCAGGGUUUCCAUCGGAAUUGAUAUAGUUCAUGACCCAAUUCUUCUGUUUCUUGAUGAACCCACCUCCGGCCUGGACUCAACAAGCGCGUUCAUGGUCGUUAAGGUGUUGCAGAGAAUCGCCCAGAGUGGGAGCAUUGUGAUCAUGUCGAUCCACCAACCCAGUUACAGAAUCUUGAGCUUACUUGACAACCUGAUUUUCCUUUCUCACGGACAGACUGUCUACAGCGGCUCUCCGGCCAACCUCCCCCUUUUCUUCACCGAAUUCGGGCAUCCUAUUCCGGAGAAUGAGAAUCGGACUGAGUUCGCCCUAGAUUUCAUUCGUGAGCUGGAAGAAACGCCCGCUGGAACCAAAAGCAUGGUGGAAUUUAACAAAUCAUGGCAGAGUAGAAUUAAUCCAAGAAAAACUACCUCCGAAGAAACCAAUAUUUCACUCAAAGCGGCAAUCCGUGCAAGCGUUUCCCGAGGAAAAUUGGUGUCUGGAGCCGCCACCGAUGAUUCCAACUUGACUUCUUCAGUUCCGACUUUUGCAAAUCCGUUCUGGAUUGAAAUGAUUGUUAUUGCCAAAAGAUCGUUCAGGAACUCAAGCAGAAUGCCUGAAUUGUUCGGAAUCCGAUUUGGUGCCGUUGUGGUCACUGGAAUCAUCCUGGCGACAAUAUUCUGGCAGCUGGACAAUUCCCCCAAAGGGAUUCAUGAACGAAUUGGAUUCUUCGCCUUCGCCAUGUCCACCACCUUCUACACCUGCGCCGAAGCCCUCCCCGUUUUCCUCCAAGAACGGUACAUCUUCAUGCGAGAAACAGCAUACAAUGCCUACCGCCGAUCAUCCUACGUACUCGCCAACUCCAUUAUUUCCAUCCCUUCCUUAGUCGCCCUCUCCAUCUCAUUUGCCGUCAUAACUUUCUGGUCGGUAGGUCUCGCAGGCGGCUUCACCGGAUUCCUCUUCUACUUCUUAACCAUCCUGGCCUCCUUCUGGGCGGGAAGCUCCUUCGUCACAUUCCUCUCUGGCAUCGUCUCCAACGUCAUGGUAGGAUUCGUCGUCGUCGUCGCCAUUCUCGCCUACUUCCUGCUCUUCAGCGGUUUCUUCAUCACCCGGAGCCGGAUUCCCCCCUACUGGAUAUGGUUCCAUUACAUCUCCCUGGUGAAGUACCCAUACGAAGCCGUUUUACAAAACGAAUUCAGCGACCUCUCGAAAUGCUUCGUGAAAGGUGUCCAGAUGUUCGACAACACGCCGCUCGCAGGCUUGCCGAUGGCGCUGAAGCUUAAGGUGUUGCAGAGCAUGGGGAGUGCCCUGGGCGUGAAUAUUACGAGCUCCACCUGCGUGACAACCGGAGCGGAUAUUCUUAUGGAACAGGGGGUUACGGAUAUAAGCAAAUGGAAUUGCGUGUGGAUUACGGUGGCCUGGGGAUUCUUCUUUAGGAUUCUGUUUUACUUUGCCCUGUUGUUUGGAAGCAAGAACAAGAGAAGGUAAAAAAAAAAUGAUAAUAUAAAUUGAGAAUAGUAUU